AUGUGGAAUGACUAUGUAGACAUUCCUUGGACAUCACAUGGUGAACAAUUACCCAUAAUAAAUGAAGAGGCAACACAUCCCUCAUCCCCACAGCAAGUUAUGCCAAACCAUGAUAUGGCUGAUAUGUUGCAAGAUGCAUUUGGGUUUCAUGAUCAUAUGACCAUGCCUUCUUCUCCAGAGGUAGUUGGAGCUGAAAACUCUAAUUCAUCUGUUGAUGCCCAAAAGUUCUACAAGUUACUUGAAGAUGCAAACACAGAUCUUUUUCUUGGAGCACGAGUAAAGAAGCUUGAAUUUUUAGUGAGGUUAUAUAAUAUUAAGAGUUCACACUCAAAUAGUGAUGGAUCUUUUGAAGAAACUCUUGAUCUAUUGAGAGAUACCUUUCCUAAAAGCACGACACUUCCGAAGAAUUUUCACAAGACCAAAAAAUUGAUCAAGGACAUUGGGUUGUCAUAUGAAAACAUUGAUGCAUGUCCUAAUGAUUGUAUGUUGUAUUGGGGGAAAGACCACGAACAAGAUCAGUCUUGUGAGCAUUGUGGUGCUAGCCGAUGGAUUAAGAAGAAAAAUGGCAAUGAAGAUGGUGGAAAACCAAAAGCUGCUAAGACUUUACUUUAUUUUCCAUUGGCUCCUAGAUUGCAGCGUUUGUAUAUGUCUCGCCAUACUGCAGAUGAUAUGUCUUGGCACUCUAAAGUUCGGACAAAAGACGGGGUUCUUCGACACCCUGCCGAUUCUCCAGCUUGGGCACAUUUGGAUGAAAAGUAUCCAGAUUUUGGUAACGAGUGUCGUAAUGUCCGCUUGGGUUUGGCUAGUGAUGGUUUUAAUCCUUUUGGAAUGAGUAGGACUAUACAUAGUACAUGGCCUGUUGUGAUGUCUGUUUACAAUCUACCUCCUUGGUUAUGCAUGAAACAGCCAUACUUGUUCUUAUCAUUGCUUAUACCAGGCCCAAAAGGACCCGGUAAUAAUAUUGAUGUGUACUUACAGCCAUUAGUGGAAGAGCUCAAGAUGUUGUGGAAUGAAGGAGUAGAGACAUAUGAUGCAAUCAAGAAAGAAAUGUUUAGGCUGCGAGCUGCUGUGUUAUGGACUAUUAAUGAUUUUCCUGUAUAUGCCAUGUUAUCUGGUUAUAGCACAAAAGGUUUCAAAGCUUGUCAGGUAUGUGUUGAAGAUACAGAGUUAGUUAGGCUCAAGAAUUGUAAAAAGUUGGUAUUUAUGGGAGCUCGUCGAUGGUUGUGUGAUGAUCACCGCUACCGCGGAUGGAAGAAUAAUUUCAAUGGUAAGGUUGAACGAAGACCUCACCCAAAUGGUUUGACGGGUUCACAAUGUCUAAGAGCAACUCGUGGUUUGAUAAUUAAAUUUGGGAGAAGGAAAAAGAAAAAAGGAACUCGAAAACGUAAGCGGAAUGAUCAAACACCGCCUGAGGAGGACUUUGGUAAUUGGAGGAAGAGGAGUAUAUUUUUUGAAUUGCCUUACUGGGAGCAUCUUUUAUUGCGACAUAAUUUAGAUGUCAUGCAUAUUGAGAAAAAUGUCACUGAUAGUGUUCUUGGUACCUUACUUGGACUGCAAGGGAAAAAUAAAGAUAGUAAAAAUGCUCGAAACAACAUGGUUCUUCUCAAUGUCAAGCAUGGUCUUCAUCCUGUAACCACUGAAGGGAAUAACGAUACCAUAUAUCCUCCAGCUAGCUUUAAUCUGUUAAAAGAUGAGAAAACGAUGAUGUGUGAAGUCAUGGCUGACUAUUGA